AUGUUCCAGUUAUCCUUUAUAAUUUCUCCCUCGGAAUAGAGUUAGGUUUCUAGGUAGAUAGGUAGGGCAGAAAGAGGCUCAGGUAGGACUCAGCGUCGACUGCUGGGUUUUGUGGUGGUUGAUAUCGACCCGAAUCGCGAGGGUCGGAGCUGUCAGGGGUUCGCAUGGCGCACGCCUAGACUCGAUGCUUGGAAAGAGGUGGUAGUGAGAGAGGGUGCGCAGAGUGAUAAAGAAAGAGAAAGAGAAAGAGCAAGAGAGAGGGAGAGAGAAAGAAAGAGAGAAAGAGAGAGAGUGAGUGAGUGCGAGAGUGAGAGAGAGAGAGAGAGAGAGAGAGAGAGAGAGAGAGAGAAAGAGUUUCCUCUAGCAGAGAGAAGAGAAGAGAAGAGAAGAGAAGUCGAGGAAAAGACAGGAACGGUAGUAGCAACCUGGGCAGUUCCCCGCGCGCGCGGGUGCAGGUGCACGUCGAAAAGGAGGCCGGCCCGGUGCCGUAUGUGUGUGUCUGUGGGUGCAUGAUAAUUCAGCGUGUGUGUUACUUGAUUUUUUCGUCGAUCGGUGCGUGAGUAGUUAAUCAGAAGAACUAAAAAAAAAGAAUAAGAAAGGAAGGAAGGUUAAAAAAAAUAGUCAAGAUAGGAAUAUUAAAAGAUUCGAGUCGAGUGAACGAGUAAGAGAAACAGAAGAAAGAGCGCGCGCGCGAGAGAGAAAGAGAGAAAGAGAGAAAGAGAAAGAGAGAGAGAGAGAGAAAUAGAGAGAGAAAGAGAGAGUGAGAGAGUGAGUAGGACUUGACCUCGCCCACCCUAAAUCUAAGUGAGCUAGCGAGCGAGCUUUCCCAAGGAAGACAGCUCAAUGAGAAUCAACGAGAAGAGACCUUUAACUUACAAUAACAACGUAUGACGGCUGGAGCCGUCGAUUACGUCCUUUUUAUUGAGAAACGAAAGGGUGAAAGGACAGAAAGGAAAGAAAGAUGCGGUGCGUCUGAUAACGUGAACUAUUCCCGGCGCCAUGUCCCAAAGACUGGAGACCUCGAAUGAGGAGUCUUACCUGAACUCCGGCAGGCCAUCAAAUUUGUUGAGAACCAACUUCAAUAACGUCAAGCUUGAGCGGCUCUAUCGUGCUUCGUCCCUUCAACAGAGACGCGGUGGCCUUCAGUGCUUCCUUCUAUCAGCUGUCCUUUACGGGGCUUAUACGGUAGCCUCGCCUGAACCGGAACUACCGGCUCGAGGACUCACCGCUGUCUUCCUUGGUCUGAACUUGGGUUUACUGGCAUGGGCGGAACACGGAACACGGGCCAGAGACGGCUUGUGGGCCGCCGUUCCCCACGUGGCAUGGUGGCUUUCUACGGGACAGUUGCUCGCUCAGCUGUUUCUCAAAUCGAGCGAGGUCACGCCCAGGGACGGACUAGGAUGGCUCCUGCUCUUCCUUUAUCUCUUAUUCGCUACUCUACCCCUUAGACUAUCUUUCUGCUUCUUGUUGGCGAUUGCUACGGCUGCGGCUUACAUGGUCACCGUCUUUAGACUCUCCAGAAUGUCGAUCAUCACGUUCAUCGACGUUCUGAUCCUGACGGUGACACUCUCGGCCGGCGUCGCUAUUUUGGGUGCUUCCAGCUACUCCCUGGCGGAGUUCCAGCAACGUCGAGCCUUUCUCGAGACAAGACAAAGCUUGGAAGUACAGUUGGUGAUCGAGGAACAAAGUGCUGAACAGGAGAGGCUACUUCUAAGUGUCCUGCCGGAACAUGUGGCCGUUAAAAUGCGACAGGAUUUGGGAGCGUGCACGGACACGCAGUUCAAGAAGAUUUACAUGUCGAGACACGAGAAUGUUUCGAUACUUUACGCCGAUAUAGUUGGUUUCACAGCAAUAUCAUCGACCUAUAGUGCGAGCGAAUUGGUCAAAAUACUCAACGAGCUGUUUGCACGAUUCGAUCAACUCAGCGAACGGUAUGAACAAUUGCGCAUCAAAAUCCUUGGCGAUUGCUAUUAUUGCAUAAGUGGUGCACCCGUUGAGAGGCCGGACCAUGCGAUUCUUUGCGUGCACAUGGGUCUCUCGAUGGUCGAGGCAAUAAAAUACGUUCAACAGACAACCAAUAGUCCCGUCGACAUGAGAGUAGGCAUACAUACAGGCGCGGUCUUAGCUGGCGUUCUUGGUCAACGGCAAUGGCAAUUCGAUGUUUACAGUAAAGACGUUGAACUUGCUAAUAAAAUGGAGAGCAGCGGAAGAGCCGGGAGAGUUCAUGUUUCCAACGUGACUCUGAGUUUCCUCAAUGACGAAUUUGAAAUCGAGCCGGCGUUUGGCGAGAAAAGAGAGGAAGCACUUAAGAAGGCUGGAAUCGUCACCUACUUCAUAGUCAGAGCCUUAAAACCUUUCAAACCAGCUAUAACGAAAAGUCUGGCAUCGUUGAACGAUGAAACUUCUCGAAGAACAAUGGAUAAUAGUCAGGAUAGGAGAAACAACAAAGAGGACUCCGAGGAGUUCAGGCAAAGAUUGAGAAAGGAACUUGACAGCAAAGGUGGGGGUGCCGACCUGAAGGGUCACGCAUCGUGGUUGACGUUGCGUUUCAAGGAUCCAGAUAUGGAAAGGGCCUUUCACAGGGCCGAGGAAGCCUUCUCACCUUUAUCUUUGUUAGGUGGACCUUUGGUAGUAAUGUGUGCAUCACCGGUAUGGAGAUUACAACCAUGGGGACCUUUCACUUGGGGUGGUGUAGGCGUGGUUACACUCUUUGGAGUCGUUCUAGCAGGUGCCACGUGUCUUGGAAGUGCAGUAAGAGCGACAUGGUUAAGGAGAACCCUUGCGUUGCUAAUGAUCUUCUCUCUCAUCGAUUUCUUAAUUCUCGACAUGGGUAACUGUGCGGUCAUCGAAGACGUUGAACCAAAAGGAAACAAUUCGAACUGGCCUCGUUGUCCUUAUCCUUCCUAUUAUUCUUACAUUGGUGUGCUUGCUCUGGUAGCGAUCUCUAUGCCAACCUAUAUUUGUUAUCUUGGAAAGGCAUCGCUGAUGUAUCUUCUGGCCAGUUUACAAUGCUGUAUCAAUAUAGUUUUCAUCGCACCUAGUCUGGAAAGAGAGGAUAUGGUAGCGUCACCACCUGGUCCAGUCUCUUUUCCUUUAAAAUAUUCCUUGUCGGCUACACUGCUCACCAUAGCUACUGCUUUGGUCAUCGUAGCUAGAUACACCGAGAAAGCGAGGAGAAUGCUGUAUCUUCGUGGUCUAGAGGUAGAAGCUCAGAGAGAAAGAGCCGCCGAUAUGAAACGAAGAAAUGACGCGUUAAUAUACAAUAUUUUACCGCCUCACGUGGCAACCUAUUUUCUCUCAAGGGCGAGGCAUCACGAUGAUCUCUACAGUCAAAGUUACGCCGAAGUUGGUGUAUUAUUCGCUAGUAUGCCAAACUUUGCCGAUUUUUACAGUGAGGAAAGUAUCAAUAAUCAAGGACUCGAGUGUUUAAGGUUCCUCAACGAAGUGAUCUCCGACUUUGAUGCUAUCUUGGAUCACAAUAAAUUCAAGGACAUCAUUAAGAUUAAAACAAUAGGCUCAACCUAUAUGGCUGCCUCGGGUAUAACAGAAUCUAUAAAGGCCGAAGAUAGUCCAAGAUGGGCUCACCUUUCAAUCCUCGUAGAAUUUGCUUUGGAAUUAAAGAAGGCUCUUUCGAGUAUCAACGAACAGAGCUUCAAUCAUUUCGUCCUAAAAAUGGGUAUCAAUCAUGGCCCGGUAACUGCCGGUGUUAUUGGUGCUCGAAAACCUCAUUACGAUAUUUGGGGUAACACAGUAAACGUUGCUUCGCGAAUGGAAAGUACAGGAAAGGUUGGAUGUAUUCAGGUUACAGACGAGACUCGAAUGAUUUUGGAACCGUUUGGAUUCGGUUUCGAACAACGUGGCCUCGUCUUCGUCAAAGGAAAGGGUCAACUGCUCACGCACUAUUUGGUAUCUAAAGAUGGAGUAUCCCUCGAACUCGAUAGUGACCUUCCUGUCGAGCCAGCUCAUCCGAUUAUUUAUCAGUAACGAAAUUGGAGGCACUAAUGUCGUCAAAAAUUGAUCGUUCGUUGAUCGUUCAUCGAUUGUUCCGUGAAAAACAAAGUUACAGGGAUAGUGCAUAUCUGUUCCUUUCUCUUUUUCUCUUUUCUAUAUUCUCUCUCUCUCUCUCUCUCUCUCUCUCUCUUUCUCUCUCUCUCUCUUUCUCUCUUCUACUUGUCUCUCUCGCUCUUUUUGAUUCAUUCUAGUCUUUCAUUAGAACUUGUAAUUCGUAUUCGUGUUCAUAAAUAAUUACGGUUUAAAAUAUUUAAACAAAAGGGUAAAGAAUCCCAAUAUAAAAUAAUCUCAUUAUUUAAAGAGACCGUAAACUCGAGCUUCCUCUAGCCGAUGUAAUUUAUUUUUUUACACCCCAAAUCGUCGAGUUUAUCAUAGCACAAAAUGACACGAGUACGUGCAACGCACAGAGUAUUACAUUAAGGAGAAAAAAUAGAAACAGAGAGACGGAGGGUGGGAGAGAGAGGGAGGAAGGGAGGGAGAGAGACAGAGAUACAGAGAAGGGAGAAGAGAUAGGAGAAGGUGAGAGGGAGAGGGUCGGAGAGUGAGCAGAGAAAAAGAGUGGGCGGAGGUGGGUGAUUAAAGGACAAAAGCAGGUAAUAGAAAGUUUGCAGGAAAAAAAGGAACGGUAAAGUACGGCCUAAGCGCGAACGAAGCGAAUAAUUAAAAAAAGAAAAAAGAAAAAAUAGAAUGAUACAUGAAGAAAGAAAAAUGUUAAAAAAAGAAAAAAAAAGAGAGAAAAAAAAGAAAAAGAAAAAAAAAGAGGUGGUCGAGAUCUCCAGUAGAAAAAUAACCUAAAUUCCUGAUUUAUAUGAAUCGACUUCCUUCGAACGAAUCCACGAUUUUUCCGAAUGGAACAUCGUGACUCUUUUGCUGCUACUACGCUGACGAUAAAAAUUAUCCUCUAAAUACAUUGUAUUGUUUAAACGAUCGAAACAAUAAUAGGAAAGGAAAAACAAAAAAAAAGCGAAAAAUAAAAAAAAAACAUAAAAGUAUAAUAAAAAAAGGAAAGAAUUGGUCAUACGAAAAUUGAUUGAUUGACUUCGACGCUUCUCGUUGAGGUCAUGCACGAUGAGAAAAUGAAAAAAAUACAUACAUACUUCCACGUUCUUUCACUGAUCGCUCUCUUGUAAGCAGUCGAUGACGUACAUACAUAUAUACAUACAUACAUACAUACAUACAUACAUACAUACAUACAUACAUACAUAGAUACAUACAAAAUAUACACGUACAUACAUACAAGAUGCGCUUAUAUCGCGCAUGAUGCGUCUGUACGAAAAAAGGAAAAAAAAAAACAAAAAAAAAAAAGAAGAAACAAGUGGACAUGUAGGACAACACAAACACGUACACGUAAACGUACAUAUACAUAUACAUAGUACACACAUACGUAUUACAUGGAAACGUAAUCACGCGUAAAAGAUACUUAUGCAGGAUUUCUGUAAAGUAGCAAUAAAUGGAAUUUCGUGUAAAUAAUCGAUUUAUCGAUCAAUAUAGGUCGACGAUUGAGAUGGUGGUCGGAAUAUAAGUACAUACUAGAUGUCUUUCGAUUUCGAAGGAAAGAAUGUAAUGAGAAAAAAAAAGAAAAAGAGUAAAAAAAAAGAAAAAAAAAAGAGGGAGAAAAUCUAAGAGCGAGACAAAUUGUAUGUAUAAUCAUGUACGAUCAAUAAAAUCACUGUAGAUAUAUUAGCACCUUUAGAUGUGGAGGAAAGAUCGAAAAUAUGAUCGAACACUUGUAAUUUGAGAUCCUCAGUAUUGUCAAGAUGAGAAGGAAAAUAUGAGGUACGCAUUCAAACACACACGUCAUAACCGGAUACAAAGAUAUAUGUACACAGAGGUUGAAAAUAGAGAUCAACGGCGUGUAACAACCCCGUCUCUGAAUCUGAUUGAAAUAAACAAUAUAUUACCGGUAUACAACAACAACAACAACAACAACAACAACAACAACAACAACAACAACAACAACAACAACAACAACAACAACAACAACAAUAACAACAACAACAACAACGACAACGACGAUGACGACAAAUACAGCAAAAAAACAACAAUAGCAAAAAGAACGAUUACUUACGAGCAUGUUAAUCUCCUCUUCUUAUCUUUUUUAUUCUUUUCCUUUAUUUUUCCAUCUUUUUUAUAGUUUUGUAUUUUAUUUUAAUUUUUGACUUUUCCAAAACUCCAUUCUAUUUGAUGUUCAAUUUUCGUUUAAUAUUUUUAUAAGAUACAAUUCGUUAUUCUUAACAUAAAAAUCAUAUCGCCGGUAUAUCGUAAACAUAUUCACAUGAAAUUUGUAGAAAAAUAUCUAUGAGUUAAAAUUAUUCAUCUUUGAAAUCUCUAUGAUGCAUUGUUGCGAAGGUACAGCCAUUUAAAAUGGAUACUGCACAUUGAUUGUCAUUAAUGGAUGAAAUUAUUACCUACCUCUACGUUGGAUCACGUAUAUUUUUUGCGCACAUUUGAAUUAUCCAAUCGAGGCUAAUUAAGAAAAAAAAAAUAUGCCUAAUUAUAAAACUCGUCGCAGAAACGAAACUUCAAGACCUAGUCUUUCUAUGUUAAAAAAAAAAAAAAAAAAAAAAAAAAAAAAAAAAGAAGAUAAACAAGGAAAAAGAAAGAAGAAAAAAACAUUCUUUCGUUUUUUCUAAAAUACGGGGAUGGGUAUCGAUUUUUGAAGCAAAGCCUGCUCGAGAUUUUCUUAUGACGUAUAUAUUGUUAUUUAUAAUAAUAAUAAUAUAUAUAUAUGAUAUAUAUAUAUGUGUGUGUGUAUCGAGGCAACGUCAUUGCAACAACGACGUAAUCGAUUAUAAACGAGACAGGAUAUUGGCACAGUGAAAUUUAAUUUCAAUGUUCUCCAAGUUACCUCGUUCGAUAAGAUUUUCGAUUUUUAAAUGUGUCUUUUAGUAAGAGCUUUGCGAUAGUAUUUUAUAUGUUCAAACAAUUUUUUAUGACACGAUAACGCAAAUAAUUUCGUUAUCACUUUUAAGUUCGCCCUAUUAAAAAUACAGAAAGGAAAAGAGAUUUCAAGAAAACAAUAAUUAACUGUACUCAAUAAUACUUCAGAAAUUAAAAUUAUCUUUAGAAUGACGUUCUAAAAAAAAUAUAUAUAUAUAUAUCUAUUAUAUUAUCACACAUGACAACGAUAAAACCGACAAGAUAAAGAGAGUAGCAUUGUUACCAAGAGAAGAGAUUUUACGAAAAUUUCUUUACUUAAAAAUUUCGUUGCUUUGUACAAAGCAUUGUGUCGUGUAAUAUGGAUCAUGACACAUCUUUGUAUAAUAACACUUCUAUUUAUUUGGCCAAAAUUUUUAUUAAUUAACGGUAAGUAUUUUGUUAAAUAAAUGAUCAGUAUGUAUGAAAAUUUUGAUCAGUACUUAUAAUAAAAUAUCAGUACAUAAUAUAAUUGGUCAAUAUAAAUAAUUAAAUGUUAAAAUUGCAUAUGAGUUUAUUAUAAAUACCGACUAUAUAUUUAAAAUUGAGACAAAUUAUUUUAUUUACAAAUAUUUUAAUUAAAAUAUUGAGAGUUCAUUUCGUAAAUUAAUCGGCUCAAUAUUAAAUCAUUUAUAUUACGUACUGAUAUUAUAUUAUAAAUACUGACCAUUCAUUUAAAAUACUGAUUAAAAAUGAUUGAAAAUAAUGGCCAAAUAAAUAGCAGCCGUAUAAUAAUAAUAUUAUACUUGUAUGUACAAGAUAUACCUAACGUAUAUUAAUUCUACAAGAGAUGUAUUUGAAAAUUCGAUCUCCUUCUGGUAAAACUUGGUCUUUCUUUUUCGUAAUUCUUUUUCUCUUUUUUUUUUUUUUAUAUCCAUUCUAAUAAUCUGCGAUCAAAUUUAUUCGAGAUUAGAACAAUGCUGAUUCAUCAAAGCGAAAGAUAAAUAUGAGACAAUA